CCGAUAAACCCACUAAAGAAAGAAAGAAAGAGCUCGCGUGUGAUGUGUUUGUGUAUCCUCAGUGUUUUUCUCUCUUGAGUGUUUUAUUGAGUGUAAACAGAGUCUUGUCUCUGUGUAUUUUAGUGUUGAUGAUGGAUGAGAUGUGCUGUAAAUCAGUAGGAACUGAUCUGUCCAUGCUGGAUAUUGAUGAUUUCAUCACAGAAAUCUCUCAGCUGAAGAAAGAGGUGGCGUUACUGGAGACAAAGCUGAGGUUAAGAGGAGAUGAAGGACUGAAGAGAGAGGACUCCGAGCUCAGUCUGACUUUACUCUGUUAUACUGAGUCAAAGCCCACAGACGCUCAGGACACUACAGUGUGUGACAGUAAUCAGGGCUUACAGGAUGAGGAAUCUACUGAUCAAACCUCCACAGAGUCUCUGGAUUCUGUCUGGAACGCUGGAGAACAGCAGCAGAUCCUGCAGACCAAACUCAAGAUGUGUUCAGUCAAAGUCACCGACUGCUCGAACCUCAUGAUGGAGAUCAAAACUGAACCCACAGAAGAGGAAGAUCACAUUGAGGAAGAUGAAGACAAUCAUGAUGAUGAUGAGGAGGAGGAGGAGGAGGAGAAUUAUGACAACGCUGAUGAUGAUUUUAUUCCUUCAGACGAGAAGAGUGAUUCAUGCAGUGAUGGUGAAAUAACAUCUUCAACAACAGAAGAGCAACGGACAGCACAAACUCUUUCCAGCAUCACCGGUGGAGAGACAUUGAGCUCACAGGGACAUUUAGAGAGAAAACACACAGAACAGAAACUCUUCACCUGCAGGAAAUGUGAGAUCAGCUUUCCUACCUUACAAGAACAGAGACGUCAUUAUUCAAAAGUGCACAGAGUGAGGAAGAAGAAGCAGUAUCAUUGUGAGCAGUGUGAUGAAGUUUAUUCCUCCCUUUCUAAACUGAAAGUUCACAUGAGGACACACAGUGGUGAAACGCCGACAUUCAGCUUAGAGAAACAUGAACACACAGAUCAGAAACUUUUCACCUGCAGAAAAUGUGAGAUCAACUUUACUACCUUACAAGAACAGAGACGUCAUUAUUCAAAAAUGCACAGAGAAAAGCACUGUGAGCAGUGUGGUAAAGGUUAUCUCUCCAUUAGUAGUCUGAAAGUUCACAUGAUGACACACAGUGGUGAAAGACCGUUCCAGUGCAGUAAAUGUGACAUGCGUUUCAGAACCAGGGAUACUCUUAUUGGUCAUGAGAGAAUUCACACGGGAGAAAAACCAUACAAGUGUCCUCACUGUGAGAUGAGUUUCAGCCAAAAAGCCUAUCGGAAGAAACAUGUGUUUUUACACACCAAUGAGAGACCGUAUCAGUGCAAUCAAUGUGACAAAGCCUUUAGGGAUUCAGGUUGUCUAAAGAUACACCAAAAAAUUCACUCCGAGAAACUCCAUCAAUGUUCACAUUGUGAUAAACGUUUCCGUCAUAAAUCUUAUCUGAUACGUCACGAGAGGAUUCACACUGGAGAGAAACCUUACCUGUGCUCUUACUGUGGUAAAAGUUUUUCAAGUUCAGGUACUUUUAAAGUUCAUCAGAGAGUUCACACUGGAGAGAAACCUUAUCCGUGUAGUGUUUGUGGGAAGAGUUUUACUAAACAUUACGGUUUAGUGUCACACCGGAGAACUCAUACAGGAGAAAGACCUUACAAAUGCUCUUUGUGUGAGAAGACGUUUACUCAAGCGGUUCUCCUGAGAAUCCAUCUGAGAGUUCACACUGGAGAGAAACCUUACCGAUGCUCCAUCUGUGGAGAGAGAUUCGCUAAUGUAGGACCUUUUAAGACUCAUCAGAAGAAACAUGUUCAAAACGACCUAACCAACAAAAAAGACUCCAAAUGUCUGAACAGUAGAAUACAUUAAAUAUGUAUUGAUUAAAUAAUUGUUCCCUUACUACUGGCUCUGUCCCCUUCUCACUUAAAAUUGCUGUAGUCACCUCAGUUUAAUAUGUCCAGCAGCCAUAUCACCCUGUAGCCCAAGACCUGUUGCCCACUGAAGCUAAGUAGGGUUCAGCCUGGUCAGUAUUUGGAUGUGAAGAUCUCUUGGGAAAACCAGGUUGCUGCUGGUAAAAGUGUUAGUUGGAUCAGCAGGGGGUGCUCACCCUGGACUGAAACCAUACUACCAAAAAUCACUAAUGACAUCUUGGUAGCUGCUGACUCUGUCUGUUUCACCGUCCUUGUUUUACUUGAUCUGAUUCUGAGCGCUGCUUUUGAUACUGUUUUACACAUGUUCUUAUCUGUCUCUGGUUCUGCUCUUUCAUAGUUUGUUUUUAUCUCACCGAAAGAAACUUCAUCUCAAUGUACAAUUUUAAAUCUUCCAUUGCCCCACUUAUGUAAGGUGUUCCUCAAGGCUCAGUUCUUGGUCCAUUACUCUUUCUAGUUUAUGUACUGCCCCUUCAUCAUAUUAUCCAUUGACAUGGUUUUAAAUAUCACAGUUAUGCAGGUGACAUUGAAACCUUUUUUUACUGCCUCAUCUGUUGAUUCAACUUCACUUUCCGUUUUAAAUGAAUGCAUUUCUGAAAUCAAAACCUGGCUUCACAUUAACAUUCUUAAAGAGGCACUCCACUUUUUUGAAAAUAUGCUCAUUUUCCAGCUCCCUUAGAGUUAAACAUUUGAUUCUUACUGUUUUGGAAUCCAUUCAGCUGAUCUCCGGGUCUGGCGCUACCACUUUUAGCAUAGCUUAGCACAAUCCAUUGAAUCUGAUUAGACCAUUAGCAUCCUGCAAAAAAUAAUCAAAGAGUUUCAAUAUUUUUCCUAUUUAAAACUUGACUCUUCUGUAGUUACAGCAUGUACUAAGACAGACGGAAAAUUUUAAGUUGCUAUUUUCUAGGCCAAUAUGGCUAUGACUAUUCUCUCAUUCUGGCAUAAUAAUCAAGGACUUUGCUGCCGUAACUUGGCUGCAGGAGGCACAAUGAUAUUACGCAGUGCCCGAAAAUAGUCCCAUGCCAUUGAAAGAUAGUAAGGGAACUAUUUCCGGCUGCUGCCUAAUAUCAUUGUGUAUUCGAUUACCAAUGUCGUAUUGGUCCACAUCGGUCAUUGCACGGGGAUUCAAACACAAACUUGACCAUACUAGAGUUUGCGGCUAAAGCAAUUUAGCAAAGUCGCUCCUGCAUUUUCUUGCUAAAAAGGUCCCCAUGUACUUGUAGCUCUCCAUAAUCGUCUAUAUACAACUUAAUACAAAACUCAAACUGUAUUCAAAUAAACACUAUAAUAAUUCAGUCUAGCUCCUUUUAGCCGCUUAUUGUUAAAUCAUUUGACUAUAUAACAGCUUAAUUAUAGCAGAGAUAAUUAUGACUACUACCCUGAUAGCCCAUACGACUGCACAUCAACUUAGUUAGAGGUAGAACUUAAUUAGCAUGUAUUAACCCCGAUCCCAGAUAUGUGGUAACAAAGAUAUAUCGUAAUACCUUAUAGUAACUCAGAAGAGUCAAUAAUACAAAGCAAAUCAAAAUGGAUGCAAACAUAACAAUUUAUUAACCAGGUAGGAAAAACAUAAUUCAAAUGCAAAUGUAUAUUCCAAUUCAAAUACGAAAUAAUCAAACAAAAAACCAUUGCAUACCUGGUAAUGAUGAAGAUCUGGUUACAUAUUUAUCAAAAUAAAAUAUAUGAUGCUGUAUCGAAGGCACAGCAUCAUGGGGGUUCCUUUCUACAUAUAGAAAAUCCCACCUGAAUCUUUCACCAUUUUCCUUAAAUAUCCAGAGAACAAAGCAUUGUGAUAAUGAUGUACUGAUUGCUUCUUGUAAACCCAGGGGUGUUGUCUAAUAUACAUACAGUGGGUGAUUGGUUAACAUGUCUAAGGUAGGAGGUGUCUCUCAACAUUGAGUAAAGUUUGCUUACACUUUAACGUUGAAUUCUGUUUUCAUAUGAGUGAGACCAUUAUAACCACUUGCAUUGUGACAUUUCAAUUGAAAACCAAUAAGAUCUGUUUCAGAUUCUUUGUGCAUGUAGAAUGUAGCAUAUACAGUUUGCUUUGAGACAAUGAGAAUAUGGAUGUAUGACACCCUGAAGGUGUGAUCAUUGAAAAACAAAUGUGGUCUCCGUUGGAAGUUCACUGUGAAUCAUAAGCGCGUUUCACACAGACAUUCCGUAAAAUACACGGGACACGCAUCCUGGAAUUUUCCGGGACCAUUUGAUUUUUUUGUUCAUUCACACUGACAUGAUUAGCCGGCAUCUGAUGGUCCCGGGAAGACACGUGACCUGUUGAAAGUCCCGUCCUCUCUUCUACGCAGCGACUGAAGUUUGCAAAUUAUUUAUUAUUUCCCUCUCCAGAAACCACUCGCGUGCAUUUUUGUUUAUGAUAAGACUACAAAGGAGCGCGUGAAUGCACAGUUCUAUUCUGGUGAAUGAUCUCAGCUUCUGAUUUCUGCUUUAACACAGUUUUCAGACAUUUCUCAUCGUGAUUGUUUAUAUGCAUUUAAAACCCGCAAUUUGAGGUGCUGAACGAUAUAUCUUGUUAGGAUGACGCGCGGGUAUUUUCCUGUAUUAUUGCUCAAAUGAGCACGUGACGCAAUAUUCUUUUAUGCUGCUGAAUGAUCUCCGUUUCAACGCAGUAAGUAACGAGCUAACUUACCUGAUAUCUGCUUCAGUCCAGUUUGCCGAUAUUUCUCGUCGUGAAUGUUGUAAAUCCCUCAUUUUAAAGAGUUGAACCAACUUCAUGAUGCCAUGACACGCGCGUCCUCACUACGGCACGUGCGUCAUUGUUUAUGAGUCUCAUUUAUCAUUUCCUGAUAACUGCUUCAAUCUAGUUUGCAACAUUUCUCGUGGUGAAUGUUUAUAUGCAUGUUAUCUCUCGUUUAAGGAGCUGAACCAUAACUUUUGUUGUGAUGAUGCGCGUGUCCUCACUACGUCACGCCCAUUACGGCAUUCUUUCGGCUUCUUGUUCACACAGAGGGUUUUCCGUAUAUCUGACUAGGUCCUCUUUCCGGCAACGAUCCCAGAAGAUUAACGGGACGAGUUUGUGUUCACACAGAUGCUUGUCUGGCAAUUUUACGGGUAUUUUCUGGGACCAAAGGUCUGUGUGAAUGGGGUUCUAGAGUGUUUUUCCCGGGUAUUCACGGUGCACCCAUGCUGUGUUCUUUGGGGGAGUGCUAUCUUUAUUCAUGAAAUUGGCCUUACUUAAAUUUGAAGUAGCUUGAGUUCAUCUAGCCACUUGUCCCAUUUUUGUGGAAAGGCUGCAGGAUUUUCUUUGUCCCAUCCACAACUCAUUCUGUACAACUUUUGUCCAAUUCUUUUAGGAAUCUCUCCAAAAACUGUAUCAAGAAGAAUAUUGGCUUGUUUCUCAAUGAAAUCAGCAAAGUCUGACCUUCUUUGAGAGCGUUCAAAAAAUGCCGUUUUAUCUCUCCACGUUUCUCGUGGUAAAUUCAAUUCUGCCAUGUUAGCCAGAUCUUGCAACAUCCUCUGAGGUAGAUUGCAUACCUGUACAAUGCUUUUCCAUCGUCAGGACGAAUGUUACUCAAUUUUAAAGCUUUUUCCAUGUAUGCACUAGCAAUCUUAAAUUCAUCUCCAAAAUGGUACUUUAAUAAACGUUUGGCUUCAGCAUAAUCUCUGCUAGCAUUCCUGUACAGCAGGGACGGGCAACUUCGGUCCUGGAGGUCUUGCAGAGUUUAGCUCCAACCAUAAUUAAACAUACCUGACGCACCCAAUUAAGGUCUUACUAGGCAUACUAGAAACUUUUAGGCAGCUGUGGUGAGGAGCUAAAGUCUGCAGGACACCAGCCCUCCAGGACCGAAUUUGCCCAUCCCUGAUGUACAGACAACUUUGAACAAGUCCCUUUGGUUCACCUGCUGUGAACUGUUCUAGAUAAUACAAGUGAAACUUGUUUCUGCUGGGUCACAAAGCAAGUUGGCUAAAUCGCUUUGUCUUUGCAAAACAGGACCAAGAUCAACACCAGCGAUGUUGGUGUAUGUAGUUGCAUCAUGCUGCUGGUCAAUAUGUGAUGUCAUGAUUGUAGUUGCAGCUGUUGUUUAAUUAGUAGUAAGCUUGGGAACUCUUCUGAUCCUCGUAUUAUGUAGAGGAGAUGUUUCAGAAUCAAUGAAUAAAGACGAUUUUUCUUCCAAGGCCUUAUCCAGGUUUUCAGCAUUGUAUUAACAGAUGAAUGAAAACUAUGCAGUUCACUUGCUUCAGAGAUUUCCAACACUUUUAGUUUUGCAUUAGCAGCAUCUAUUUCAGACUGCAACUGAAGAGCUUCCAUCUUAGAUUCCAGCUUAGCUUUUUCAAACUUGAGUGCCUGUUUCUUUUUAAGAGCUUUAGCCCGGGCAAGUAAAGCUGCUGUAUCUGCUGCAAUUUUUAUACGAGCUGACAGAAUUGCACUGUUUCUAGAUUUACUUGAUCCUUUUGAACUUUUAGAAAUAUUAGAUGCAUUAUCAAAAGGCUCAAUCAAAGUCUGUGGAUUGGUUAUUUUCCACAGCUCCAGUUCAACCAGUCAAUCCUUUUGUUUUUUUGACAUCAUCAGAAAAAAGCAAUUGUACCGACUCAUGCACUUGAUAAAACUCAUUUAAAGCUCUUUGAUCAACCAUCAAAGCCUUUCAUUCAUUAUUUUUUCUUGUACAGGCCCUCUGCGCGAAGCACUGAAUGAUUUAAAACUCUCCAUUGCAAUUUCAGUACUUUCAUUCUCAGUCAUUAUAAAAACUUCAGAAUGUAGUUAUUUGUCACGAAUAUGUCACUUGCAACAACUUGCAUCCAAAACACUGGACUGCCAUUAUCAACUUCAAACUCCACAUGUCCACAUGCGAUCUUAAUUUGAACACUCCAAAGUUCACAAAUAUCUUUCAAAUUAUGAAAUAUCAGAAUGUCAAAACCAGAUAACUUUAAUGUGUCUUUAUGACUUUUUUGACUUAAAUUUAGCGGAACAAAUAUAGUGAGUCGCUGUUCAGAGGGGAGAGCACAAUUGACGUGUAGUCUGAAUUAAUCUUAAACAUUUAUUUUGAUGGAAAACAAAAUAGAAUAGAAAACAUACAUUCACAUCCCUGCAGGGAAACACGGUCAGAUAAUUGUAUCCGCUUCCCCUUACUGAACUCCACCACCUUUCCUUAUCUAAAUACAUAAUUGUGAUGAUAUAAUAAAAGUUUCAAUUCAAAACAUUCAAAAUUAGUAAUCAUACAAUCAGAAAUAAUUCACAAAUAAUAAUAAUCAAACUUAGAUUUAAUUAUAUUCCAUUUUCCAUUGAAUCAAAAUGUGCAAAUAAAACCGAAAUGGGAA